GCGACGAACAUGCAACAGGUAGACAUUCGCUCCCUGUUGCCUUCCUUUCAAAUUUUUUUUUUCCAAAGAAAAACUUUUGCUUACGGGUUUUUUUUUUUUUUGUUUUUUUUUCUAAAUUAUAAACUCGUAUGGAUCUCGGUUUGUGAUUAAUUUAGAAGGAAUAUUUCGUGGGAAUUUUGUAAAAAAAUUUCUUUAAUGUUUGAUCAAAUUCCAGUGAGUAUUGUCAGUGUUUUCGUUUAAUUGUAAUUUAGACGGGAGGAAGAAUUUGUGAUAGAAUGACGGAUGAAAAAGAGAGAUAGACGAACAAAAGAGAAGAGGUUGGAUAAAAAUGUAAACAAGCUAUGGAAGAUCUUCUGGUUUCGAAGAGGUGUGUCAGAGAGAAAAGUGGAUUGUGAUGGAGAAUAGUGGAGGAGUUUGGGCCUCGCGGAACCCAGUCGAUGGUGCGUGAAGACGGCACUGAAGCAGGUAAAGCUCGUGCAUGGUAAUAGGAAGAGAACAGGAACGAGAGACAGGGGUGCGGCGAGGUUUCUUUUGGUCCACGAAGGCAAAGGUGCACCACAGUGAAGUUUAGCGCGCUACCGUGUAAUUCACGUGAAACGAACUUUUGAAGUGUGCGGUGGAUUGUUGAGUCAGAGCAAAAAUAUAUAAAAUAUUGAGAGUAUAAUCAUCAUGAUAUAUUAUGAAUCUUUGAAGUUCGUUUCAUGUUUUAAAACGCGAAUUGAAAAUCAACAUCGAGGAUUUAUUGUGGAGAGAAAGGACGACAAACGUCGUCUGCAAGAGCAGCAUGCACACCUGAGAAUAUUGGACUCGAGAGAGGCGCUCGGCUUUUGACCGUCGUGAACGCUUUAGCCUUGACUGGCGCCAACUAGCCUGCCUGAUCAACCAGGUCCGUCAAGUUUGAGCCGAACGUAAUCAUGACAAAUCGAAAGGAAUAUAAAAUUUGGGAUUGAUAAUUGUUCUCUAAACGUCGCAAGAUGUCAACGGAAGCUGUACGCAUCACUCCCGAAGAGGAACAGGGAAAAUUGAAAAGCGAUUUCCAAUAUUUGAGACGGCGGGGCGCAUUCAAAGCUUCGGGGGAGAAUUUGUAUCAGGGACGUAAAUGCGCCAGAUGUGGAGUGUCAUUUGGUAGAUUUUACAAUACUGGAGCUGUUUGUCAACGUUGUAAACAUCGUGUGUGUAGACAAUGUCGAGAAAUACAGAACGUCAAUGAGAACAAUAAGGGGACAAUCGGUAUCGAUUGGUUGUGUUCAGUUUGCCAUAAACUUGCAAAAUUACACACGAACACUGGCGAAUGGACGUUUGAGAACUCGAUCGUGAAGCACAUUGCCGGAAGGGAAAAUUCUCUGUCGCCUCUUGAUAUCCUCAAAUACAGUAUCCGUCGUGCCUGGACCAUAAAUGGACCACCAGCGCAAUGGCCAGGAGCGAGAAAGUCGCCCGAGUUUAGAAUCUAUCGAAGUCUACCAAUUCGUUCUCAAAACUUUUACGGCGAUCACGAGGAUCAUUAUAGUGUAGAAUCAACGACUAUUGAGGACUUGAAAAACAACGAGAACGAAAUUCGUGACGAUGAGGAUUGUACAAAAAAGAAUUUGCACUUUGCAGACAAUGAGAGUGGUAAUAAAUUGUUAACGCAAAUCGAUGGUAAUAAUGAGCGUGUGAAUUUGAAACGUAAUGAAAAAUCAAAUAAAUGUUUGAUUACGGGGAAAAAUCGAAAACAAGAACAAAUUGUUGGUUUGAGUGGAAAAUCGAGAACUGAUAGUGUUGAGGUGAUUUCACCAGAUCAAAGUACACGUGUUUCUUUAAUAAAACCACCACGAUUGUUUGCAAAAUUCACAAGUUCUGAGGUGAAAUCGCCCAUUAAUCAGACGGAGAAAAAAUCCAAUAUUCCAAUAUUUCGAAGGAGUUCCAAGGAAUUUGAGGAUAUCAAAAGUCCACAGGAGUCGCCGAAACGAUCGUUGAUCCCUCAGAGAUAUAGAGGAAGCACUGACGAUCUAAGAAGAAGCAGAGAAGACAUCAGUAUUCCGAGUUUCAUUCCAAAAUUAUUGCCAUCAAGAUGUAAGGAGGAAAAAUUGAAACGUCAAGACAGUAAGGACGAUAUUCGUCAUAUCGCUGGAUCAAAUCGACGACAGAAGGAUGUGGUAAAGGACGAAACAAAGCCAUCGCCUUGUCAGAGUUAUUCGCGAGACGAUGUCAAAGGAGUGAGAUUUUUUCGACGUGAAAGCAAGGAGGACGUAGGCAGGGAGAGCACCACCACUAUUACGAACAGCUGCGUGACCAAAGAAAGGCCGUUGUGUAAGAAAGAGUUAUGGAAAGAGUUAUGGACCGUGGAAUGCGUGGGUGAUACGACGACUCGACCAAAAUCAAGUUUAAGUGAAUUUGAAUUUAAAGAAACCAUAGAAAACGAAUUGGCAGUUGUUGUUACAAGUCAGCAUGAAUUGAAUGAAAUUGAAAAUAAUCAAAUUUGUAAUGAAGAUAAUAAUUCUGCUUUUUUCACAAUAAUGGCAAAUGAAUUGAAAACUGAAGAUCGACUCGAUGAGGAAAAUGCUGUGAAAUUAAAUAAAAGUGAGGAUAAAAAUGCCGACAAGAAUGAAUACGAUGAGGAGAAAAUUAAGGAGAAAAAAGUUUCAGUCGAGAAGAAAUUUGUCGAAGAGGAAAAGAGUGAAGAUACAAUGGAUUUUAAGAGUUUUGAACUUAAUCGAGAGGAAUCGAUUGCUGCCAGUGAUGCUAAUCUUAUUCCGGUAACUUUGAGUGAAAUGAAAAUUGUGCCGGAUAUCACGAGUUCUGGGAAAAAAUGCGAAGACUUCCAAGUGAUCCGAAGAAAAUUUUCAAAAGAAGAAUUUUCGAAUCCUGAUGACACUGACGAUAUUCCCAACAGACGUUGUUCAAGUCAUCUUUCGCCGGAGGCAAGUCCUUUAAGUACAAGAUCAUCGAAGUAUAGUCCAAGGGAAAGUGAGAGUGAGCCAACUCCUGCAUUACCGAGGAGAACUGGAGGCGGUGAUUCUUCUUCUGCAUCACAAAGAAUACGUGACACUAUCACGAGGACGAGAAGAGAAUCUAAUAGUAGUGCAAGAUACGAGAGCAGUGGAAGCGAAAGUGUUAGAUUAGGAGAAUCUAGUUUGCACGGAUAUGCUGACAUUGCCAGAAGGGUCAAGUUCUUUAGCGGAAAUGGACUGGGACCGUCUGCAGGAAGUUGUGAUGAAGUUGUGCAACGAGACAGUGCGACAAGUGCAGGUGAAGAUGAACCACACGAAGAUGGUCCAAGUAGGACAGUUCAGGGUUCUUCUCAAAGUAGAGCAAUGUUUCGACGACGAAGGCAAUUUGACGCUCAAGGAUCACGACGCAGAGGACGAUCGCAUGCGAGGACUUGUUGUGGUGAUGAAUUGCAGAAUCUUCAAACAUUACAUGUGAUUGGUCGAAGUGGGGGGCGACAAGCGAGCCCCCCUGGGACAAAUUGCACCCAAGGACAAUCUUCGGCUCAUUCGCAAUCACACGUCCAGGAUUCACCGAAUGUCGAUUAUAGGCGUUUAGUUUUUAUCAGUUCCGAUUCCUCGUCAGGACGUGAAGAGGAUGACGCUGACAGUAGUUGUUCCGGUUCGUCUUAUUUAAAUGGAAUACCGCACGGCAGUCAUGCGCAAGGAUUAGAAGACUGCGAUUGGGAUUAUUUCGAGAGUGGCACACUACCAUUGCCAUCAGGAAUCCCCCUAGCCAUUAAUAUCAAUAAUUUAGAAACUGAUACUACAGUCUCGAGUCACUGGAGCUGUUGUCCUGGUCGAGGAUCGUCUUCGUGUCAGGCUUGUGGAGGAUCGCAAGGAGCGAAUGUCCUUCCGGUUCCAGUGCCAAUUCCAGUUCCGGUGCCGUAUCCAGUUCCAGUGCCGGCGGCCCUUUGGAAUAGUGAUUUAGCGGCGGCAUCGUCAAUGAUAACUCGCGACUCAACAUUCGAGGGAAGUUUACGACUAAGAGGCGAUCCAUCGGCACCUUGGUUCGCUUGGCAUCCGAGAUUUAAUCAACCACUACACGGGAAUCGUUUAGAACCUCGAUUAACCACCUUCGAUCCAGUUGCUUUUGGUUUUCGGCCCGAGCAAGUCUCACAAAGAUUUUUCGGUCCCGAAUCAACAUCAUCAGCGUCAUCAUCGUCAAUUCUUCCAUUCCCACCGGUAAUCGAUGAAGAUCCCAAGACCAGUGAAUUAAAGGCUAGUGCAUCACCUGAGAAGAAAUGUGAAGAUUCCUCCACAUUGACAGUGGAGGAAUUAUCAAAAGAAUGUUCAGUUGCGCAUGACGAACAAGCUGAUGAUAUUUCAUUUAAAAACGAAUCGCGAAAUCAAAGAAUGUAUCGACAUUCGCGUGGUAAUUCCGGAAGUUCAUCCGGUCGUUCAUCGGCCGACAGUAGUGAUCUUGAAGAUUCAGCUUCGCAUCGUUUCUCGCGAGUGUUUGUCAUUAAUGACGAUUCGUUGACAAGUGACAAUGACAUUGAGGACAAUGAGGAUUCGGAUUCAGCGCGUGAGGGUGGUAUAACUUUGAAAAAAGUCACCGCUCUCACGGAAGAUGAGCCCGUUAUUCUUCGUUGUGUCCGUCUAUUGAAUGAAGAUACGGAAAAAAAUGAUGACGACACCGACAAUAAAGUUCCCAGUCCUCUAGAUCCUUUACUCGAUGAUAUAAUAUCAAACGAUGAUAAUUAUUGGCUCACAAAGGAUAAUAACGCAAAGCAGGAAAUUUUUUCCGAUGUCAAUGAAAUUUACGUGGCCGACUCGAAAGAUUCACUCGACUGUCGAAUCGAAUUGAAAUCAAUUAAAACUCUAGAUCCAGAGAAUUAUGAGUUUAAAAAUCAAGAGGUGAAUCACGAUAAUUUAAUGGUAGGAGAACUGUCAAGUCAUGAUGAUGAUGACGAUGAGGAAAGUACUGAUGAUGAAGAAGAAAAAAAUUAUUACGAAAUAAAGGAGGACACAGACUCGGUAUUGAUUCCCGAUUCCCUUGAGAUGAUAACGGAAAAAUUGGACAGCAUUAAAUUGAAUGAGUUCCAAGCUUCGACGCCCAUCAAUGAUAAGAGUCGAACGAAAGAAAUCGAGAGUUCACGCGACGCGGCAACGAAUCCGGGUCAGAAACCUCGAGAGGAUUCGAGCGUGAGUUCAAUAACGGAUAGCUCAACGAGCGAGACCAACACCACAGGAAGUGAGGUGAGCAGCGAUGAAUUACACGAGUACGAAGUAACGCCAGUGCGUUUUGCAUUUGGCGAUAAUAGUCGUUCAAUUCCGCCUGUUCUUCGUAGGAUAAAUAGUGAGAAUUUAAAAUUGUCGAAACUUGUUCGAGAAGGGAAGGAUGAUGGAAAGGAGAAAGAGGGGAAAAAAUUGGAUGAUCGAAGGGUGAAUGAUAUAAUAAGUGGAAAAAUAGAGGAAAUAUUUAAGAGUUCUAAGUCUGAUGAUGAUAAUGAUUUUGAUGAAAAUGAUGAGAGAAUAGACCCUGUCGCGAUAUCGGUGACGCAUGACGAAAGACAACAGCGAGUGAGAGGUAAGUUGGCAGGCGCACGGCAGGUGGGAGAUGAGGAUAGUGGGGGUGCAGCUGGAAUCGAGCGGAGAACAGCGCGGUGUUAUUCAGUUGAGCGACUCCCGCCCACUCGGUCGACGACGACGGAGAAUGGCUUCCCGUCGUCAACAACAGCUCGCGAACUACAAAACUUUCCCUCGAAUAAUAAAUACAAGAGUCUCGUGAUGAUCACACAGGGAGCUUAUCAACCAGUUAGUGUUAUAACAUCGGACACGACGACACUCCUUCAGCCGGACGAUGUUACACCUGUGACGGGCCAGGGCUUGGCCGGCUAUUUCCAGCUGGCGCUGGAGGCUGUGACCGAGCCGCGACGUACCAAUGGCCAGGGACCGCGGAAACCUCUCAUGGUGAAACGUCUCAUGACACAACAGUCCGAUGUCGAAGUCGACAGUGGUUUAAGUGUUGGUAGUGCGAGUGAGAGCGAGGACGUGCAAUCAGUGAAAAGUGCCGUGAAAUCAUCGCUUCAAGUGACAAAUUUAUCAACGCGAAAUAAUGAUGAAAAGGAAUCACCGAGAGUAAGGAGUUUUAAUUCAAGUGAUGAUGGUUCAGUGUCCGGGGUUGUUAUCCUCGAGGAGGGACUCGCAGACGAUGAUUCUUGGGUUGAGGAAGUGUCACAUGAUGAGGAUGAGCAGAGUGCAACAACCGCGACUGAAGAAAGUUCCGAGGAUGAGGCGAAUAAUUUAGGUGAUCGUGAGGAAGAAUUGAGAGGUUAUCAUCGACAGGCGAUCGAUUUUACGCUACAUACAAUUGUCGAAGAAUCAUGUGAGGAGAGUGAGGCUGAGCCAAAUUUCGUCUCUAAUCACAAAAAGCAAAGACCACCCUCCGCUUCCGAAUUGGAGAAAUAUUUCUUCUUCGGCCUCGGUGGCGAUGGGAAUAUAAGUUGUGGUUCUCGAGAAGUUGACAGUCUGUCCGAAACCUCGUCAAUUCAUUCCGAAGGUCUCGAAUCCCUGGGCCAAGAGGAGGCAAUCGAAAAAUCCGGCGAGUCACUGAAUUCCUCAAGACUCGAGAAAUACUUUCUAUCCGAAUUUCUCGGUUUCAAUCAAGAUCGUCGUGAUUCUGACGGAUCGGUUGGCAGCGAUUCGGAGGGACGACCAAGUCCCGAAGCUCAAAGAAGAAAACGAUUGGUACGAGCACGUGGAACCGGAAGAUCCCACAGUUCAUCGCUCGACAAUCUCUUGGCACUAACACAAAACCCCCAAAAUCCAAGUUCGCAAAAUUCCCUCCAGGACUUGAGCCUAAAUCAAGAUGGUCAGGACUCACAAUCUGAAGGUUCAUCAACAGAAACCGAUGUCGCCGAGGAGAAUCAAACACCAGCCUUCGGUACCGAUGGUCAAUUCGACACUGUCAAGAGAAAGAAAAAGAAACCCAGAAAUCUCGGUACUCAAAGUCCCCGAGUUUCCGAAGAUAGAAACAAAACACCUGAACCCCGGGAUAUGACAGACGUUCCCGAAGACGAGGAGGCUAUAAAUUCCGAUGAUGAUCGUGCAAAGACCCCACAACCCGACAAUGCUCAUUUAUCCACCUAUCUCGAUAGUUCAAGAAUCCAGCCAAAUUCAACAGAAUCAAGAACAAAACAACAGUCCCGAGAUUCCGGUUUCGUCGGAAGUUGUGACGAUCUUCUCCAACAUCAGAAAUCGCCCACCGAUUCCCAAACACCGGAAAUUAAUCCAACAUCCAAAGAUCGAAGACUCGACGAAACUCACCGAAUUCAAAAAUUAAAUGUUCCUAAAGUUGAUCAGAACCUCCCGCCCGUGGCGAAUGCCUCCCUGUCACGAAAAGACAGUUUCAACAAUUGGUCAAGCGACGAGGAAACGAAUCUCAUGAUGUCAAAAAUGCGCCAAUUCUUCAAGACAAUGGUCGCAAAUUCAAAUUCAACGAGUGGUAAUGUCUCGAGUGGCGCGUCACCGGCCCCAAGUCCACGACUAUCGGGUUACACGUCAAAAAUUCGACACUGUUCGCAAAAUCGUACAAAACCACCGCAAUUGGUCUAUUUUGAGAAUGAAUUGACAAGACUGAUGAAGACUGUGCCUGGAAUCAGGGACGAGCAGGUGAGAGAGAUUGUUGAGUAUCUAAGUUCGGAAGACACGUGGUCUGAUUCUUAUGACAGUUCAGAUUACACGAGUUCUGAUCUUGAAGGCGCUGCCGGUGGACGUCGCUCGGCUCUACAGGAACAAAUCUCCCAAAGUUGUCAACAGAUCAUCAGUAAAUUCGACACAACAUCAAGAGAUCCAUUCGAGAAAGAUAAGAGCGAUAAAUUACCCACAAAUCAACAGUGUCUAGGAAGAGACACCGCGUUUGUUUAUCAAAAACUCGUGCAGAGUUUUACGAAAAUGGCCGGUGAUACGAGUUCUGACGCGAGUUCAACACCGCACAGUAGUCCGCCACUGAUUGCAAAAGUGAUGCAUCACAUUGGAAGUCGUUUGGUUGCGUUGAUGCACGAGGUGUCGGAGGGAGGAUCAACAGUUCAGCCACACGCCUCGUGGAGACGUUAUUCACAGCAUCAUCGAACACCAUCGUCGGCGUCGACAACUGAGGAUGAUGAUUCAACAUCGGACUCGACAAAUCCAUCGUCGACAACACAAUUGCCACGUUCCAAGUCUCACGAUCCAUUAUUGUUGAUUAAUGGACAUCCAAAUCCGAAUGCUGGACAGGAGGGUGAGGAGAGGGAGGCGAGUGAUUAUGAGAGAUUCUCGUGGAGAGGUAGUUUUGAGUCGGCAUUAAUGGCUGCUGAUUCGAGGACAAAAUUAAGUUUAUUAGCUUGCUCGGGUGAUGUUAGCGCGAGUGCAAGUGCAAGUGCAUUGGCAAUGGCUGCAAAACGACGAAGUGCAGGCGAUUUGUUGUUUAAUCCAAAAAGUUUCUCGAGAGAGCAACUCGAUCGUGUGAGAAGUUGUGGAUCAAUUGGCGGAGGUACUGGUGGUGUUGCGGGAGUUUGCAGCGGUUCCAUUGAGGAGAAAAUCUGGAGCAACAGGAGAAGAUCGUCGGUUCCGGAUGCCAAUACUAGAGGAGAAUCUGGAGCAUCGGCGGGUGAUGAGGAUACUGAGGAUGAAUUGGAGUAUGGUGGUGAUCCGAGAGCUACGACAUUGCCGAGGGGAAUGCAACCUGCGGCAUCGGCAACGGCAGCAACGAAUUCUCUACCUCGUUUACCGGCCUCGACAAUUUCAGUGGGGCAAACGUCGAAUUCACCAAUGCACAAGGCACACAGUGUUUAUCAUUUUCUACCACAGCACACGGGUGUUAAAUCAGCGAGAUAUCGACCACCUGGUUUUGCAAGGAAUAGUGGUGCUUCUGGACCAAAACGAGCAGUUAGCGCACCGGGACUUCAACUCACCGGCUCGCAGGUAUCAUCAGCGAAACGCGAGAAUCGAUCCAGGCGACAGCAAACCAUCUCUAUAAACAGUGAUGACGGGAGCAGUUUAUCUGAAGCUUGCAGUACGCCUAUUAUUGGAGCAGGAUCAAGAACAAUAUCCAGCCAUGCGGUUAUGGACAUGGAUGAUAUCGAUCGCAACUUACAUUCUGGACAUCUUGCUACAAGAGCUUCACUCUCGAGCUUAGGGGCGAGAUCGGAUUCCAUGGCUUCGGUGUAUAGUGGAGCUGGCGAAGGAAGAUGGUGUGGUUCGGUGGCUGUUCGUGGAGAGGUUGAAUUUUCUCUUCAAUACGAUUACAAGCAACUUACAUUUGAGGUUCACGUGACUCAGUGUCGAGAUUUGGCACCAGUUGACGUCAAACGUAAUCGUUCCGAUCCAUACGUUAAAGUCUACCUUCUGCCCGACAAAUCCAAGAGCGGAAAACGCAAGACCAAAGUGAAAAAACAUACUUUGAAUCCUGUCUUCGACGAGACAUUAAAGUUUCACAUGAGUCUGAAUGGUCUGGAGACGAGGACUUUGUGGUUAACUGUUUGGCACUCGGAUAUGUUUGGUCGAAACGAUUUUCUCGGCGAAGUUCGAAUGCCCUUGGAAAAUAAAAUUUUCGAUGAUCCACGACCACAGUGGUAUCCACUUCAGGAACGGACUGAACCCUUCGACGACCCAAUCGCUUACAAGGGCGAGGUUAUUGUCGGAUUGAAAUUCGUCCCACCGGAUCCCGCUCAACAGGAACGAGAUCGUGAAAUGGGAACCGAUUAUCGUGGCAAAAUGAGGAAAAACUGGAGUCGAGGCGCUCUUCAUGUUCUUGUGAAAGAGGCGAGAAAUCUUCAGACACGAGCAAAGCACACCGGCUCCUGUGAUCCAUUUUGCAAGAGUUACCUUCUGCCAGACAAAGGACGUUCUGGAAAGCAGAAAACUGGAGUGGUGCGGCGAUCAGGCGGCUCACCUGUUUGGAAUCAUACCUUUAUUUAUAAGGACGUGAGUCUUCAGGAGUUGGCUGAACGAGGUCUUGAACUCACUGUUUGGGACCACGAUCGUAUCGCGAGUAAUGAGUUCUUAGGUGGCGUACGAUUUAAUCUCGGCACUGGAAAACAUUAUGGAAAACUAGUCGAUUGGAUGGAUGCAACGGGACGUGAAUUAUCCCUCUGGCAAAAUAUGUUGGAGAGACCAAACUUUUGGGUCGAGGGAGCAGUAACAUUGAGACCGAAUCUUCAUAAUCAUGGAAAAAGCGGCUCCUUCUAAGACUGUGCAUUCAUUAAUAUCAACGAAAUUUCGGGCAAGAGUGCAUUAAUUUUAUUAAAUUAGGUAAAAAUGAAACAAAAAGAUUUUGAGAAAAAAGAAACAGCCAAUAAUGUCAAUGUCCUCUUCACAAAAUACGUUUUUUAUAUACGAAAAAUAUUCUGCAUUGCCGAUAGAAUUUUACAUGGAAACUAGUGCCUUCCGGAUUAUUCGACCAAUAUUGCGCGAUGCCCUAGAAUUUUUUGAUAUCCUCGAUCUCCAGUGAAAAGAAUUACUCUUUCCUUUCAUCGUUAUAUAAAAGGUAAAUUGAUUUAAAAUUUUUUUUCAAUUUGGAAACAAUGACUAAUGAAUCUAUUUACAGAAAAUAGAUUCAUCAGUUUUUGUUUUUUCUUAUUUAUUCUAAAAAAAAAUUUAUUUAUUUCAAAAAAAGUUCAAUUUUGUAAAAUAAAUUUUGUGUGAAAUUUAUUUAUCUAAAAUUUAACUUUUUUGAAU